CUAAAGAGAUAAAGAACAAUCCAAAGUUUUACUCAUACUUUAAGAAUUGUGUAGGAGCCAUAGAUGGUACUUAUAUCCAUGCUGUAGUGCCAGUUGACCAACAAAUACCCUUUCGUGGUAGAAAGGGUGAUACGACCCAAAAUGUCAUGGCCGUGUGUUCAUUUGAUAUGAAAUUCACAUACAUUCUAGCAGGGUGGGAAGGGUCUGCUAAUGAUUCAAAGAUUUUAAAUGAGUGCAUUCAGAAUGAGGAUUUCAAUUUUCCAUCACCACCCGAAGGUAAGUUUUAUUUAGUUGACUCUGGGUACGCCAAUCAACCGGGGUUUUUGGCCCCUUACCGAGGUCAACGUUACCAUAUGCAAGAAUAUCGUAGACAUACUAGAGGACCACGUGGUAGAGAAGAGGUGUACAAUUUUAGGCACUCGUCAUUGAGGAAUAUCAUAGAGCGAUGUUUUGGGUUGCUAAAGAUGAGAUUCGCUAUAUUGAAGCAAAUGCCCCCUUAUCACUUUGACACUCAAGUUCUUAUUGUCAUUGCCUGUUGUACAUUACAUAAUUUCAUAAGAUCCGAAGGUGAAUCUGAUGAAAUUUUUGAUUCUGAAACCCCUCAAUCUUCACAAAAUGAACCUGAUAUGGAUGACGAUGUUCAGGUGGUCAGUGCUACUAAUACACAGGCGCACUUAUGUAUAGGCUUGAAGGUGAGCGACCACAAUGUGCAUGUGGUAGAGCUCCUAUGCAUCUGUAUAGGGCUCGAACUCCAAAAAAUGACGGUCGACAAUUCUAUAGGUGUCCAGCUCGGGAGGUAUGGUCAAUUACUUUUAGGUGCUAUUUCUGUUACUGUUUCCUAAUUGUAUGAUUUAUAUUUCUUGUAGUCACAUAUGAAUGCAUUUAUAUGGGUGGAUGAGUUGCACAAAGGUGCACAAGUUGAAGAAUAGGUUCAAUCUGACUUGGACAGAGUCAUUGCAAUGAUUCAAAAUGAAUAAUGUAGACAGAAGUACAUGCUCUUCCUAGGUUGUGGAUGUCUUGCUAUCACAAUCAUGUUUAUUGUCAUUGUCCUCUUGUUGCUCAUUAUCGUUGUUAUUGAAAGAUGAAGUUAGAUAAACUUCCAUCUUUUGUAAUAUAUGACAUGUAAUACGUAUUUAGUUAAUUUCCUGUGUUUCAUUUGGUAUGUAAUAUAAACUUAAAUGGUAUAUUUUGAACUGCGUACUAGUUGCUGUUGUGUUCUCUUCUCUGUCAUUUUGGGAGUGAGCUUUAGGGCAUUUGUAAAAUUUGCUAUUGAGGUCAUUUACACUCUAUUUGCAACAUUAGAGAAAAAAAAAGGUUAGAUAUAUCUUGUUUACUACUUCUAAUUAUUUCGUUCCUACCGUGUGUUAUUUUGUUUUUCUCUAAUGUUGUUCAUGUCUUUUGUUUUGCAUGAGGUCAUUUACACUUUAAAUUUACAACUAAGCUUGAAAAAAGGUUAGAUAUAUCUUAUUUACUACUUUUAAUUAUUUCAUUCCUACUGUGUGUUAUUUUGUUUUUCUCUAAUGUUGUUCAUGUCUUUUGUUUUGCAUGAGGUCAUUUACACUUUAAAUUUACAACUAAGCCUGAAAAAAGGUUAGAUAUAUCUUAUUUACUACUUCUAAUUAUUUCAUUCCUACCGUGUGUUAUUUUGUUUUUCUCUAAUGUUAUUUAUGUGUUUGGUUUUGCAUGAGGUCAUUUACACUUUAAAUUUACAACUAAGCCUGAAAAAAGGUUAGAUAUAUCUUGUUUACUACUUCUAAUUAUUUCAUUCCUACCGUGUGUUAUUUUGUUUUUAUCUAAUGUUGUUCAUGUGUUUUGUUUUGCAUGAGGUCAUUUACACUCCAAAUUUACAGCUUAGCCUGAAAAAAGGUUAGAUAUAUCUUGUUUACUACUUCUAAUUAUUUCAUUCCUACCGUGUCUUAUUUUGUUUUUCUCUAAUAUUGUUCAUGUGUUUUGUUUUGCACGAGGUCAUUUACACUCCAAAUUUACAGCUUAGCCAGAAAGAAGGAUAUGGCAGUAAGUUAUAGGCAGUGGCACCAGUGGGAUUGAUAGGAAGCAUUCUCCAGUUGCUGCAACUCUAGAAAACUAGUGAUCUCUAAGUUAAUCAAAUGGAGGCCUAUGCAAGUAUAAAAAAGUGGGUGUACAUUUUAUGGAAUGAAUAUUAGUGAUCUCCAGUUGUAUGUACAUUUUAUGUAAGUGUAAUGAAGUGUGUGUGUACACACAUACUAUUUUAAAGGAAUGUCUAGCUCCUUAUAUGUAGAAGUAUAUAUGUGAAUGGUGCAACACUUAAGUUCUUAAGAUUGUGAUGUAUAAAGCAAAACUAUACGUGGAAGUAUAUAUGUGAAUGUUGUUCAAUCUUAUAUUAGGGAUCUUCCUUGAUUGCUUGCUUUUAAUCUUUAUUCAUAUUUAUCAAUUCUGCUUAUGGUUGGAUAUUGUAUGAAAUAUUCACAAGUCCGUUAUCAAAAUAAAUACUCAACAAAAGGGGAAAUGGUCUUAUGACUAAACAAAAAAAAAAUA